AUUGCUCAACUCACCUACCAAUGUAGCGUUUGCUAUAUGGCUGUGAAGAUACCAAAGUGAAUUCUUGUUUUCCUCUGGUGUGUUUAGUUUUACGGUAACUUCCAUCCGAUAUUCAUAAACACGUACAUUGUGGCGCGGUGUCCGCGUGAAUGUCCGAAAAAAAUUAUUUAACCCAUAAGUUUAAUUUCUGUGCAAUAAAUGGCCAAAGGAACAUCAAUAGGAUUAUGUGAUUAGCUUUUUCCGCGUCAUUUAUGCACAAAUUGUCAACCUUGAAACGACUAAUUAAUUGCCGUGACUACGAUGAAGAUUUAAUAUACAAGAAAAGAAGAAAAAGAAGAAAAAAAACAACAACUAAAAGCAAAAAAAAAAGAAGAUUAAGAUAAAAAAAAUCUCUCUCAGUAUAUUGUUUAAGUAUAUAUUGUCUUGAGAGAUUCUCCGCAUGGAAGUGUGAAAACCAGAGGAUUUACAGUGUUGUGUGAUGCUGAAAAAUGUAAAGUUCUACUUAAUUCAUCUGUGUUUUGUGUGAAUUAAUGUGUAGAGAAGUUAUAAAUUAAAUUGCUUGUUAUUUUAAAAAAAAAAAGUAAAAUAAAUCAAAUCCUCAUCAAAAUGUUUGCACCGAGAAAUUCAUCACCGAAUCAACUAUUCAGCAAUGAGGAUAUAGCUGCAUAUCAGAUAAAGCUGAAGAAAGUCUUGGGGCUUACCGUCUGUAGCAAUGCAGCUCUCGAUGUGUCACCCACUUCUGGCAUCUUGGCCUAUCCAGCUGGGUGCACUGUGGUCCUCCUGAAUGCCAAGAAAUUAAGUCAAACGUACCUCCUGAAUACUUCUCGGAAAGCCAUAACGGCGGUGGCAUUUACCCAAUGUGGCCGAUAUGUGGCAACGGGUGAAUGUGGCAUAAAUCCAGCAAUUAAAGUCUGGGAGUUGGACCCGCUAAAUGGGAAUCUGGAGAAUGGUGCGGCCGGUGGGAAUGUUGUGGCAGAAUUUCUGGGUCACAAAUAUGCAGUCAGCUGUGUGGCUUUUUCGCCCACUGGAAAGUAUUUGGUCUCGGUUGGUUCGCAACAUGAUAUGAUUGUUAAUGUGUUCGACUGGAGGCAAAAUGUGAAGAUUGCGUCCAAUAAAGUGAGUGCCAAAGUUGUUGCAGUCACCUUUAGCGAGGAUGGGAGCUAUUUUGUCACAGUGGGAAAUCGACAUGUGAAAUUUUGGUACCUCGAGGGAAAUAGGAAGUACAAAGAACCAAUUCCGCUCAUGGGACGAAGUGCCAUUUUGGGUGAUCUGCGGAACAAUGACUUCUGUGCUGUUGCCUGUGGUAGGGGUGAGAUGCUCGAGAGUACGUACGCCAUCACGCGCAAUGGGCAACUUGUGGAGUUCAAUUCACGACGUUUGCUGGAUAAGUGGGUGGCGUGUAGGACAGCAUCGGCGAAUUGCUUGGCCGUGGGGACAAAGUACAUUCUCGUUGGAUGCGCUGAGGCCAUCGUGCGUGUCUUCAAUGCUGAGACAUUGGAGUACGUGACAACGCUGCCGCGAACACACUACUUGGGCGUCGAUGUGGCACAGGGUGUGCAACUCACGCACAUGAUGUCGGCGCCAGCGAAUGCCAAAUACCCCGACACGAUAGCCCUCGUGUACGAUGAGGCACGCAGCAAGGCGACGUGCGUGUACAACGAUCACAGCCUCUACGUGUGGGAUUUGCGGGAUGUACGACGUGUGGGGAAGAGUCAUUCCUUCCUGUAUCAUUCGGCGUGCAUUUGGGGGGUUGAAACUGUGCCAUUCACCUAUGUGAAGAACAAUUUAGCUCAUAAUUUGCCAUUAGACUGCUUCCUCACGUGCUCCUCCGACGACACGAUACGCGUGUGGGAUCUCGAUGGGUGUGAAAGUAAUGAGAUGUACAGGAAGAACAUCUACAGCAAGGAUUUACUUAAGGUGGCCUACAUUGAUGAUGAAUUAAACUUCAUCAAGGACAUGGAUAAUCCCAUUUUGAACAACGAGAAAAACUCCACGUAUGACGGACGUAAUGGGGUGCGUUGCAUAAAGAUCAGCACGGAGAGAAAUCAUCUUGCCACGGGGGAUCGUAGUGGGAAUAUUCGAAUUUACAAUCUCACAAAUCUCAAAUUGCUCACAACAAUUGAGGCUCAUGACUCAGAGGUGCUCUGUCUUGAGUACACAAAUGAGAGGAUUGAACGGAAGCUCCUGGGUAGUGCCAGCCGGGAUAGACUCAUUCACAUCUUUGAUGUGGAGCAAGGAUAUAAAAUCCUUCAGACACUCGAUGAUCACAGUAGUAGUAUCACGAGUAUAAAAUUUAUUGGAUGUGAUAUGAAUUUCCAGAUGAUUUCCUGUGGAGCUGACAAGGCGAUCAUCUUUAGACCAUUCCAGGGCAAUCAAUUCCAACGGGGGAAUCACUGCAAUGGGAAGAACACGCUGUACGACAUGGAGGUGGAUAGCAAUUGCAAGCAUAUCCUAACUGCAUGUCAGGAUAGGAAUAUCCGUGUUUACGGAUCACAGACAUCAAAGCACACAAAAACCUUCAAAGGAUCCCAUUCAGAUGAAGGGAGUUUGAUAAAGCUAACGCUGGAUCUGAGUGGGAUCUACAUUGCAACGUCGUGCACGGAUAAGACGCUGAGUGUGUACGAUUACUACUCGAAUGAGUGCAUGGCACGAAUGUAUGGGCAUAGUGAGCUCGUGACGGGGCUCAAAUUCACCAAUGAUUGCCGACAUUUGAUUUCAGCCAGUGGCGAUGGAUGUAUCUUCAUUUGGCAGGUACCACACGAUAUGGUGGUCACAAUGCAGGCACGAUUGUCCCAACAAGCUCUGCGUUCGGGUCAGCAAAUCCCAAUUCCACGACAAGUAUCCCAAAAUGUUGAACUAAUGCUGGAGCCUCAGCCACAGCAGCAGCAGCAGAACAAUGAGAAGGUUGAUGUGGGGAAUUUCCCAUCAUUCACGGAGGAUGUGGUUAUUUCCGGUGGGUACAAACUCUCAGAUGUGGGGCAAUUGCCAAUGUGGGCAAAGAGGAAGACCGAUGAACCAAACCAGGGGGCAAAUAUCCUCGGAACGAGCCCAAGUCAGGGUUCUGUAGCACCCAAACCACGUGGGAAGUGGGCACAGCGAAGUCAGUUCGAACCAGAGAUAGAUUUGCGAAAUAUUGUUGAUUCCCCACCGCAUUCGAGCACAAAUAACAACAAUAACCCCACAUCGGACUACAACAGCUCAAGCAGCAAGGAUGUCUACAUUAAUACCUACCUCAGUGAGGAUAGUUCCAUUGACAGUGGCUUGGAGAAUCGCCGGGAAGUGGCUUUUCAGCAUAAAGUAACGGAGAAGAACCUCAAUAGUUUGAAUUCGGAAUCAAAUACCGAGCAUGAUGGGGAUGUUGAGGAUAUUUCCGAUGGGGAACGUACAAGCUCCGAUCAUGGGGUCCUGUUCUACCCUACGGGAGCUCCGGGAACGCCAGGAGACUUCAAGGUUAAUGAGACAAAUGUGGAGGAGCUGCGAAAGUCAAUGAGGCGCAAAACGGAGAAGCAACGAUUGCAGCUGAGUCAAUCUCCCAGUGCACCGUCAACGGGAACUGGAACAGGAACAUCCGAUGAGGAAGAUGAAGCAUCAACACCCAGUGGAGACAAUGCCGAUCGUUCUCUUGCCUCUACCCUCGGUGGGAGCAUUGAGAGUAUCCCCCAGGCAACGAGUUUUCUCAAUGCAGCCCUCGAUGGACCUCCUAGUGUCUCAGAAAGAGGUCGAAAUAGUCUCAGCACCAUUCACAAUAGUGGCGAUAGCAAACCCGUUACCAUAUCCAAAUCAUUUACAAACACCAAAAAGGAGGAAUUAAUGAAGAUCAUUAAGGAUGCAAAGCAAAAAUUGGAAAAUGCUCAUAAUCAUGUAAAUGAGAGACAAAAUUCAAAAGGUGGCGAGGUCGGUUACCGUCGAACGAAUCUGAGGGCUAGUCAAAGUAUCUCCGAUCUUAGUCAAGUAUCAAAGUCAAAUUUGUUGGAAACAGGUUCCCGCCUCAAUCGCCCCAUGCGUCCAGGAAUUGCCAAUAGCUUUUUGUCGCUGAAUAGUGAUGAAUCGUCAAUAAGACGUGCAUGUUCGCUUAGUGAUUUAAGUAUGGGUAAAGACUAUAAACCGAUGAAUUCCAAACCAAUACCGAGUACCCGGACAAGUGUGCCACCAAGGACGGCUGCGAAGAGGAGUGCAGGACCUGGAGGGAAGUUGGAGGUUCCAUCAGGUGGGGGAAUGGGCACGAGAAGUGUGUCAAUGGGAAUUCUCAAUCAUGCAAGUGAUUCGGAGCCAGAGACAAGGGGUGGUGUGAUGAAGCCGACAAUUUCCUCCCAGAAUAAAAUCAAUACAUCCAACAAUACAACUGGCGGACGGCUGGGCAAUAAAGGUGGUCAAUUUGGGGUGGCGCGACGGCGUGGCAUGCAAAAUUCCUACAGUAGUAUCAAUUUAACAGCAGCCGGGCACGAUGAUUCGAGCUCCGAAGAGACCACAGUCGUCCCGGUGCCCCCAAGUGGCAAACCAGCCGUCCCGCCGCGGCCCAGAAACCUCUCGGACAAGAGAAGCAAUCUCAAGCAGAACAACCUCAAUGACACGGAAGUUCCCUGCAAAGACAACGACAAUUCAGACUUGGCCCAAUGUUCGCGGUUGAUAAACCAACUGAUGCUGACGACAAAUUCAGUGGUUCAGCUGCAUUCACGGCUGAGGCAGACAGAAGAUGGUGGUGGUGGCAGCAACUACAUGCUUCAGGAGCUGGAGAAUGCUGUCGUCAUGACACAGACAAUGCUAACAAAAGUCACUAAUCAAAAAAAUAACAAAGACACAAAUAAUCCAUUCUCUGCUGGUCAACAAAAUCAACAUAUCAAUCGACUGGAGAACGGGGAGUACGUACAAAUGAGAGAGAAAUGCACUGAUAUGUUGAACAAGGUUCAAAAUAUGAAUAAUAAUUCGUAAGAUGGAUUUGCCACGCGAGUGAAUUUUUGCCUCUCCCCGUGCACUUUUGAGCUAAUUACCCUUAAAAAAACAAAUAAGAAAUAGUUUUAAAAAAAUUAAGAAAAAUCUUGAAUUGCUCUUUGAUGUCUUUUAAAAAUCUUUUCGGUGUUUCAUGUGGACAUGCAAGAAAACAUAAUAAAACAACCAUUAAAUACUUAACAAACAACGAUCGUAUUUUGCGAAUAUAUUUCAAUUAAAUAAAAUUGAGAAAUAAGUAGUGAAAAAAAAAAGAAAUUAAAAUGAAGAAUUUUAGUGAGAAUAAAGAGAGAAGAAAAUCUAUAUUCUUUUAAAGAAAAAAAAACAUACAUAAAAGAGACGAAAUUAUCGUUAUUUAUGAUAUAAAAAAUAUUAAAAAUGAAAAUAUACAUACAAAACUCACAACAAAUUGAAAUUCUAUUCAAUUUGUGUUUAAAAAAAAAUAUUAAAUCUUAGUGAUAGGAAAGCAAAAAGACACUAAUAGUAUAAAAAAAAAUUAAUUUGUUUUUACCCCUCCAUGUUGUUUUGUUUUAUAAAUAGGUAUUAGCGUUAAAUUACUAAAAACAAAAUUAAUUAUUAAAAAAAAAUAAUAAAUUGAGAAACUAAAGACAUUGAUUUACAUCCACGUCACUAGAUUAUUAAAAGGAAAUUAAUCAUUAAUAAUAAAAAAUUAAAAUUAAUUAAAACCGAAUAAUGUGUUAGAUAAAAUUUACAUUAACUCUGUGGUAAAUUGAAAUUGAAUUAAAUUUACAUUUAUUGUCUAAAUUUAUUUCAACUUCCCCAAUAGAGAGACAGAAGAAGAAGAAAAAACAACAUUCGUCCAUUUUCUUUUAUUAAAUAUAAUGUAAUUUACAAGAUUUAUUCUAGUUAUUAUUAUUAAUUAAUUAGUUUUGAAAGCGAGGGAAUGUUUUUUUUUUUUUAAAUUAGCGUUAGACGUUUAAAAAACAAGAAUAAAAAAACUUACUAAACACUCACAAUGCUUUAAAAAAAAUGAUGGAAAACAAUAAAUUCCGAAAUAUUAUACUUCAAAAUGAUUGAUGAAUGAUUAAAAUAAUUGUAGUUUAAAUUCAGGGAUUAACCUAAAAAAAUCAACAUAAUUAAACUGAGAAUUGAUUUAUCCUAAAA